UUGUAAGACUCUAUAAACUAGCUAGCAGCUAGAGCUAUACUCUAUACUUAUAAUUUUUAUAACUUUUAGAUUUAGUUUAUAAUCUAGAUCUAUAUAUAGCAUAGAGUCUAGCAAUGCAGCUACUAGGUAACUAGAUCUAGUGAAUUUUCUAGUGCUAGUAGUACAGAGUAUACAAGUAGUAUAAUAAUAAUAAAUAAAUAAUAAGGCAAGGGGUAUUUAAGGUAUUAAAUACAUGAGAAAUAUUGAAAUAUCUUUGAAAAAUAACAGGAAAGUAAAGCCAAAGGAUGCCAAUAUUAAUAUAUAGAGAUUCUAGAUCUAAACAUUCUAGACCUAGAUCUAUUAUAUGCAAAUUAUUAUUUACACAAUUAUUCAUAACAUACGCCUGCUGUAGAGUUGUUAAAACUGCAGAUAAUUGUGGAUAUGAGAGUUGUAAUCUGGAAAAACCUGGAAUGAUUAAUGUUCAUUUGGUGCCUCAUACACAUGAUGAUGUUGGCUGGCUAAUGACAGUGGACCAGUAUUACUACAAAGAGGUACAAUUCAUCCUUGAUGGUGUAAUUCCAGAAUUAGCAGCAGAUCCUAACAAGCGUUUCAUUUAUGUAGAAAUUGCUUUUUUUUCAAGAUGGUUUAAUGAACAGAAUGAUGCUACUAGGCAUUUAGUUCAAAAAUUAGUUAAUGAAGGACGACUUGAAUUUAUUUUGGGAGGCUGGUGUAUGAAUGAUGAAGCUACCCCUCAUUAUACAGCAAUGAUUGAUCAACAUAAACUUGGGUUUGAAUAUUUAAGAAAUAAUUUUGGAGACUGUGCUCGACCUAAAAUUGGUUGGCAAAUUGAUCCAUUUGGACAUUCUAGAGAACAAGCAUCUUUAUUUGCUCAGUUUGGUUUUGAUGGCUACUUUUUUGGUCGCUUGGACUAUCAAGAUAAAGAUAAAAGACAGAAAGAUAAAACAAUGGAGUUUGUUUGGAGAGCUAGUCCUAACAAUUUAGGCAUUCAGGGAGAAAUAUUUACAGGUGUUUUACCAAAUGGUUACAACCCCCCUGGCAAUUACUGCUUUGAUAUCACUUGUCUUGACUUUAACCCUCUUAUACAGGACGAUCCUCGUCUGCAUGAUUACAAUGUUGAACAGAUGGUCGAUGGCUUUAUCAAUGCUGUUAAUGAUCAGGCAAAAUCAUUUAGAACAAACCAUCUAAUAAUGACAAUGGGAUCAGAUUUUAACUAUAUUCAGGCACACAUGUUUUUCAAAGAAAUGGAUAAGCUCAUUCAGUAUGUUAAUGCUAGACAAGAUGUAGGAAGUACGAUUAAUCUUCUCUAUUCAACGCCAUCAUGUUACUUAAAACAACUUAACAAUGACAAUCUAACAUGGACAACCAAAGAUGAUGAUUUUUUCCCUUAUGCUGAUAGAGAGCAUGGUUUUUGGACAGGUUAUUUUACAAGUCGACCAGCUUUAAAACGUUAUGUUAAUGUAGUCAACAGCUUUUUUCAGUCAGUCAAACAGAUGGCAGCCCUAGCUAAACUAGAUAAUACAUAUGGUAGUGGUGUACAGUUACAACAUUUGGCUGAAGUACUAGGUGUGGCUCAACAUCAUGACGCUGUUAGUGGCACAGAAAAACAAGCUGUAACAUUUGAUUAUGCUGAACGUCUAGCAGAUGGUGUUAAUUCAGGCCAGAGUGUAGUUCAAGAUGUGUAUAACAGUUUGAUGAGUUCUGGUAUUAGCAAUCCACCACUUCAAAUAUUUUGUUUAUCUUUAAAUGUUAGUGUAUGCAAUGUAUCUCAAAGCUCCAGCAAUUUUCAGAUAACUCUCUACAACCCACUUGUACGAUCAGUGUUUUACACUGUCAGACUUCCUGUAUUUGGAUCUAAGUACAUUGUAUAUAAAGAAGAUGGCUCAACUAUAAUUCCUAGUGAUGUUCUUCCAAUUCCUACAAAAAUAUUAAAAAACAAUCAAGUGUCUACAAAUGAACUAAUUUUUUUGGUUCAACUGCCUCCACUUGGAUUUGUUACUUAUUUUGUACAGGCUGCAUCAAAUAUAAGUCCUUUAACAUUUGAGUCAGAGAAAGAACAAUUAGAACCUAAUGACUUUGUAUUGCAAGGAAAGUAUGUCAGUGUAACAUUUGAUGAGUCAGGCAAUCUUCAUUCAAUCACUAACCUGACAUCUGGAACAACAUUGCCUCUUCUUCAAAAUUUUAUGUACUACUCUGGCUUUCCUGGCAACAAUAGUGGUGGCCAAAACCAGGCAUCAGGAGCAUAUAUCUUUAGACCAUCCUCUAACACACCAACUUAUAUUCCUCUCAAAAGAUGGGGUGGUAUCAUCAAGGGCUCUGUUGUUCAAGAGGCUUUUCAACAAUUUACUGACUGGAUCAGUCAAGUUAUUAGAGUAUACCAGGACAAACCUUAUGUUGAAAUAGAAUGGACUAUUGGGCCCAUUCCUAUUGAUGAUAAAAUAGGUAAAGAGAUAGUCACGCGUUACACAAUACCUGGAUUUGGAAAUAAAGGUGUCUUCUAUACUGAUGCUAAUGGCAGAGAAGUGCUUGAAAGAAGAUUGAACUACAGACCCACCUGGGAUCUCAAUCAAACUGAACCAGUUGCAGGCAAUUAUUACCCCGUUAAUGCAUUAAUAGGCAUAAAGAAUGGUGACAGUAAACUGCAGUUUACAGUUUUAACUGACAGGUCUCAAGGAGGUGUUAGUCUUAAUGAUGGUGAUGUUGAACUAAUGGUACAUCGUCGUUUAUUAUAUGAUGAUGCAAAGGGUGUAGGUGAACCACUUAAUGAACCUGGUGAUGAUGGUAAAGGUCUCAUUAUUAAAGGAACUCAUUAUCUAGUGUUGGAUUCUGUUGAGAACUCUGCCAGUAUUUACCGCCCACUUGCACAGCAAAUUUUUUGGGAACCACAAGUUUCAUUUUCUGAUCUUAAUAUUGAUCCUGCCUCAUAUGUCAAGAAAUUUAAAACCAAGUGGUCAGGCCUGGCAAGUGCCUUACCCAGGAAUGUUCAUUUAUUGACAAUGGAACAGUUUCGUCAUACUGGCCCAGUCCCUUCUCCAUCUGGCUCAGUGCCAUAUCUGAUAAGAUUUGAACAUUUUUAUGAAAAUUAUGAAGAUGAUAUUUUGUCAGCACCUGUCACUUUUGAUAUCAAGGACAUAUUUGCACCUUUCCAAAUCACAGAUGUAUAUGAACUUAGCCUUGGUGGCAAUGUGAAAUAUGAGGACGUACACAGACUACAGUGGAAAACUGAAGCAUCAUCUACAUAUCUGAAAAAAGUUCGCCACCUGUCAGGGACGCAAGUUACUUUAAAGCCAAUGGAAAUAGUUACAUUACAGGCCAAUAUUUUCAUCUAAAUUGAAAAGUUCACAUUGUCUUUGUAUUAAAAUUUCUAGACUAAGACUAAUGGUAUGGUCAUCAAUUUGCCUUGGAUUUUUUGGUUAUUUUCAUUGAGUUGCAUAGAUUUAGACUUAAAACCUUGUUGUCUCAUUGUUAAAUAUUUUUUAAAUGUUAGUAUGUGCUUCAGGUAUUUGUAAUCUGCUGAUGUGUUAGAAUUAUAUAUCUGUUGAGAUUAAGAACUAUAUGUCAUUGUUCCAUUUAUUAAAUACACACAUUACAUUGUACACGUAAUACAAAAUCUCAUCCAACUUCUAUUUUUAUUAUGGUUUAAACUUUAUUACCAUGAGCAGCUAAAUCAUCUUGUCUACAAAUCACUAAAUGGUGAGGUAAUGGGUACCAGUAUACUAUUUUGUAGACUUUAUUAUGGGUACAUUGUUGUUCACUAUUAUUUAUUAUCUUUAAAAAAUUAGAAAACAAAAAAGCAGUGAAGACUUUAUUUUUAAAAAAAAUGUAUACCUCUGCCAACACACUAAUCUUCAUCAAAUAUAUUUUGUAUUACUGCUUAUUAAACAGCAUUUUGUAAAGUAUUUCCAAUAGUUUAUUGGUAAUUCUAACCAGAAGUUGAUUUUAUUAUGUUGAUAUACUUUAUUAAAAUGAAUCCGGUCAAGCCUGGAUUAAAAAAUA